AUGCGCUCCUUCAUCGUCAUGGCCAUUGUGGCCCUCUUCGCUUUUGCUUCAGCAAUGCCAAUCUCACCAUCAGCACCACGACUCCAGAAACGAGCUGAGCAGUUCAGACUACAAGGUCUAAGAGAGUUCGAAAUCGCCGAGAAACUAUCAGCCUCCGCAUCAUCAUCAGACGUCGACCCAUGGCGCAUUCGAUUGAACAACAAAUUCCACGCUCUCUUCGAUCCCACAUCAACAGAUGACGAGGAAAACCCCUUUGACGACGAGCAGGAGGACUUUUCUGGCGACGUCGCACCAGGAUCCCUAGAAUCGCCGCAGGUCCUUCCCAAGGCUUCAGAGGAAGACGGCUUCUUCGAUAAGCUAUGUGCGAUGUUCCACCGCGCCGAGAGCAGUUUCGGGUACGAAGGAAAGGAGCUUGAGUUGCGCCGGCCUGAGGGUAUCAGAGAUUGGAAGCGAUCAUAUGGAGGGUUCCGACGACGAUAG